CCCUCCCACCUUGCGACGGCCGACCGUGCCAUACCUGAUGCUCUCCUGCCUUCUCUUCUGCCGACUCUGACUUUUUUUGUCUCGUGGUGGCGAUGACACUGCUGCCGCUCACCAGACACUAAGAAGAGCACCAGUUUCCGAUUCAUUCACACCUACAUCAUCUCGUGUAACUGCACUGCUGAUGCCAUACCUAUACCUCAUACCUUUUCGUCCCGUCUUCAUUCGGUCUGCUGCACGCGACUCUUCCACUCGACCCCGGUGAUGUCGGGUGUGGACUACAAGUAUGAGGAACGUGGGGGAACUGCAGCUUCGCGCGCAACCUCCGCCAUCCAAUCCCCGACCGACCACUUCUAUUACCCUACUACUCAGCCCUCGUCUAGUCUUGACGACACAGACUCCUCGACCUGGUCCAGCCUAGGAGGACCUUUGACUGCCUAUACCUCUUCAACCAACCUCUCCCCCGCCAAUCUCUCUUCAACUGCGGAAUCUCAAGCUACCCUCACCUCGAAACCUACCAAGCCCAACCUGGAUCUCUCUACUUCCGAAGCCGUUGCUCGCAAUGAGGUGUUGUUACGGGACACUGUCUUUCCCGAGUGGAAGGACGACGCGGGGCCUGCCGACCUCGACAGUCCCGAAGAAUUGCAAAAGAAGGAUCCUCUGGGAACUCAGAUAUGGAGACUCUACCACCGGACCAAAUCUCGACUGCCAAACCAGGAACGUAUGGAGAAUCUGACCUGGCGGAUGAUGGCGAUGAAUCUUCGCCGUCAAAAAGAACGGGAGCAGCAGCAAGCAGCGUAUGAAGAAGCCACUCAUUCCGGCAGCGAAGCUCGCAUGGCCGGUGCUGACGACCUGAUUUCUAGUGCAAUGAAAGCGCAGUUCAAGAGUCCGGCACAGCCCUCUAAUGCUCCUAGCGGGAUUGCCCAGCAACUGCGCAGAUCUGUCGAUCAGUCCGCGGACAAUGAGCAGCCGCUAUCAGAUCCCAUGAACCUCGACGACUUCAUCGUGCCCAGUUCGGUGGCUUCACCUGCCGGGCUGACAGCACCCUCGCCAUCAGAAAAUCAGGUACAAAUCAAGCAAUUUCAGACGCCUAGUAUACCCAUAGCUACUCGGAACAAGAUGCACGUCCAGAUCCCCAAGGACCUACCACCCUCAUCUGCACCUCAAUCCUCCAUUCCCUUCCACAGAACAUCAGAGUUCGACUACGUACAGAAACGGGUUCGAAAAACCAGCAUCGACGAAAGGACGAAAGGGGCUCGAAAGCGACCAGCCGAGUUCUCUCCCCAAGUACCUCCUCUAGGUGCGCCGAACCCGUCGAACAACACCGAAGUCGAUUCUGGUGUCCCUGAUUAUGCUCUGGACCAACCUACUCCUCAAUUUACUGGUGCAGCCAGCUUCCAGGGACAAAUGUCGAUGCAUCUGGACUCUUUCCACCUUAGCGAUGAUCCCAUUCUCACAUCGGCCGGACCUUUCCAGCACAACUUUGCCUUCUCUCCUGCAGCUUCACCUAUGGUCACAAACGGCCCUUUCUCAAAUGUCUACAACCAAACCUCCAUGGCCUCUUCGCUCAACUCGGCAGACUUUUACUCUCCACCCCAGUCUGGUUAUCCUUCGGCUGUCUCGACGCCACAGCCGGGCCAUGAUGAUCAGCACUUCUAUUUCGACCAGAGCAGCCAUCGGUCCCUGCCAUAUUACGCGGCUCAACGAGCGAAUCACAUGAUGACUCCCAUGUCCGCCCAAUUUGCGUAUGGACCCAACAAUGAGCAGAUCUACACGGCCAUGAACGGGGUCAGUUCCGCUCCGUCAAUGCAUGGCUUCACAAUACAGCAACAUGUAGACCCUACUAACGUUCUUGGUCCUGACUAUGGCCGCCGAGUCUCUCCUGGUAUCUCCAUGCCUGGAAACGACAACAUGUUCCAGUUUGGAGCCGAUUCUGAUGGUGAAGACGAGGAUGGCAACUAUGCGGAGCGUGGCCUCAUGAUGCAAUCCGACUACGGUCAAAUGGGAGAUCCAACACUAGACCUCAACUCCGGUCUGCAGUGGGAUCCUACUGUCGACUACAACAGCAUGUCACGAUACGCUGGGAGCGCAAAACAAGUUCGGAUUGGUGGCACCGAAAUGGUCAACUCACCUCCAGAUUGGAGUGGUUCCAUGCUGAGCCGAACACAUGGCUCAGCAGCAUCGAUCAGCGACAUCCGAAACCGAGACCAGGAUCCGCGGCGACAAAAGAUCCCCAGAACGACUUCGACGCCCGCUCUGUCCCAUCAGCAUAUGCAGUCCGCUCAAAGCUCGCCGGCCGAAUCUGGACUCAGUAGUCGGCAGCCGUCGAGACCUGGCAGUCCAGGCCCGAAGAGCACCGAUCAAAACGGGGUACCCACAACGUGCACAAAUUGCUUUACUCAGACUACGCCGUUAUGGCGACGUAACCCGGAAGGCCAUCCUCUCUGCAAUGCAUGUGGUCUGUUCCUUAAGCUUCACGGAGUCGUUCGUCCUCUGUCACUCAAGACCGAUGUCAUCAAGAAACGCAACCGUGGCAGUGGAAACGCCGUCCCCAUGGGUUCUGCAGCAACGCGGGCGUCUAAAAAGUCGUCUCGAAAGAAUUCGGUUCAACAAACUCCGGCAUCAACUCCUACGGCCGCUAGUGAGCACAACUCGGCUUCUCCAGCCUCGAUCCAAGGAUCUGUUCACUCGGGAUCCGCUGUGACCACGCCGACGAGUUAUCCGCCUGGCACAACAGGCGGAAAACCAGGCGUUGUACCAAUUGCUGCUGCACCACCGAAACCACCUGUCCAGCCGGGUCCCAACAUGACCCGACCAGUACAGGUUACACCGAAACGUCAGAGGAGACAAUCGCGGGCGUCCACCAACGCUUUGCCCACCAUAAGUAACCUGGCAAACACGAGCAACAGUGUCGGGUCCAGCAAUGAAAGCGAGAUGCCCGACGCUGGACAGGCUACACCGAAGGUCAGCCAGGCUCCUGUUACUCGAGCCAAGGCAGCCAGCAUGUCCACCACAGCUGGGGCGACCACAAUGGCGUCCGUCAUGCAGGGCGGUCUGCUGAACCCAGGAAUCCAGAAUAUGCCUCCAGGCCCGCAUGGUAACAGCCAAGAAUGGGAAUGGUUGACCAUGAGCUUGUGACCGCCAUUCGGGUUCAGGCCUCCAGUGACAGGGCUCGACAUGUUUGUGUCUCGAUUGAUCGAUAUACCCUUUUCACAUUUCUUUUUGUGUUUGCACAUAGACCACGUCGAUUGUUUUUCCGCCCCCGCGCCGACCACCACCAACCAGUUAUACGACUUGACGACCAUGUGAUACACGAAUCCUGAUUCAGUCUUCAUACCUUCGCGGGAACACAGCUUGGCUGCGAGACGAAAUAUUUUUCGGCUAAAGUCGAUCAAGAAAGAAAUGUUUUCGGAGAUGUUUGUGAUGCAGAUAUAAUGAUGGGGAUUUUGUGGUUUGUGGAAUUGUUUGUCUGUCUAUUCAGUGAUAUCACCGCGUCUGUUUUCGAAAGCUCGUGGGUAUACACGGCGUCGAGCAGAAGUGCGCAUUUGCCUUUUGUUGGAGACAUGGAGGAGAAGAGGUGGCCUCAGGAUCGAAUUGGAUCUAAUGAAGAUAGACCCGGAGAUGGUUGAGAUAGCCUGGAUGAAAUGUGAUGACAGUGGGAGGACGAUAAUAGAGACGAAUGUUGAGGAGACGCGUUGCGAUUGAUAUCUAGAGAUACAGCGGGUAAUGGAGUGUUGGAGACGCCAGCAAUACACGAAUGAUCCCUUCAAAACAAGA